AUGUUGUGUCGCUUGUGCUGGUUGCCAAACCAUUUUGAAUCUUUUUGUCAUGUUUAUGACUUCAUAUGUUGCCUUGCCAGAGAUGUUUUAAGUGGAUUAGUUACAGUUCUCUUCCUUCAUAAGCACAUAAAGAAGAACGGAGAAGAACAAAAAUCAAAUAUAACCGAAAUAGAUAAAGUUGGGAUUGAAGCAUCUAUUGAUGAUGAUAUCUCCGGAAAAUUGCCUUGUUUCUCCUUCCUUUUCCCUCAAAUAAAUGGAAAUGAUUUCAAACAACGCAAUAAUAUUUAUUGCAUGAAUAUUGGAUAUUCUCAAAUUUUCAAGCAUAGCUUCUUAAUGUUCGUUCGUGGUUCUUGCAAAGCCAUUGAGCUUAAAUCCAACUGA